AACCGGAAGAGGUGUUGCUGUCAACAACACGGACCAAGUCUAUAGCGAUAACAGACGCCACAAAGCCCAUCGGGGUGAUUAGGGAUCAUCUAUACGUUUACGAGGGCUACAAACCAACCUGCCUGGGCUGACUUCUUCUGGCACUCUGCCUUCUCCCACCUAUGAGGACUCUGGCUGCUACUCUGUGGAAGUAGCAGCUUUGUGUGUGUGUGUGUGUGUGUGUGUGUGUAUCUGACACAUCACUGUGCAGUGUGUGUUUGAGCGUAGUGCCAUUCUGCAGUGUGAGUGAUGUCUUCAGAGUUGCUGGUAGAGCUGGGGGACGACCCUGCGACUGCACAGUUAGGACAGCUGAAGCUGGCCACUAUAGAGGACCAGCAGUGGCCUGCUGAUGAGUCAACUCUCAGUAAGUCAGAGACAGACAUCUCACAGCGCUUCGACGCUGGCUCCCCCCACCUGCCCUGGGACCAUCCUUUCUAUGACAUUGCAAGGCAUCAGAUCAUUGAAGUAGCAGGUGAUGAUAACUUUGGCAGGAAGGUGAUAGUGUUUAAUGCCUGCAGGAUGCCCCCACAGCACCAACUGGACCACCACAAGCUGCUGAUGUAUCUCAAAGGAACACUUGAUCAAUAUGUUGAAAGUGACUACACUCUGAUCUAUUUCCAUCAUGGACUUACCAGCGAAAACAAACCGUCUCUGAGCUGGCUGCGAGAUGCGUACAGGGAGUUUGACAGAAAGUAUAAGAAGAACAUCAAAGCUCUGUAUAUUGUCCAUCCCACCAUGUUCAUCAAGACUCUGCUGAUCCUCUUCAAACCAAUCAUCAGCUUUAAGUUUGGCAGGAAGAUCAACUAUGUGAGCUAUCUGAGUGAGCUGGAGGAUGUGGUGAAGUGUGAGCAGCUGCUCAUUCCUACCCGUGUUAAAGAGUAUGACAACAAGUUGAGAGCAUCUAUGAAACCGACCGCCCAGCCUCCCGUUUCUCCUCCUCGCAGCCCCCCCCUCCCCAACCAGGUGUUUGGGGUGCCACUUUCAUUGCUCAGACAGAGGAGUCCAGAUGAUGACUGUGUUCCUGUAGUGAUGAGAGACACCAUUAGCUUCCUUUCAGAGCAAGGUUUGGAGAUCGAGGGGAUCUUCAGACGGUCUGCCAAUGUGACUCUGGUGAAGGAGGUCCAGCUCAGAUACAACUCAGGUGCAACAGUGAAUUUCAGAGAGCUUGAAGACGUCCACUUGGCAGCUGUGAUUCUGAAAACAUUCCUGAGGGAGCUACCUGAGCCCCUCUUGACCUAUCAGCUCUACAACGACAUUGUCAACUUCACCUCUGUAUCCAGUGACAGCCAUGUGACCAUUAUGAAGGCACUGGUCGAGUCACUGCCAGAGGAAAACUACGCAUCACUGCGAUACCUCUUCACAUUCCUGGCACAGGUAUCGGCCAACAGUGAAGUGAAUAAGAUGACCAACAGUAACCUGGCUGUGGUUUUUGGUCCUAACUUGCUCUGGGGGCGGGACAACGCCAUGUCACUCAGUGCCAUUGGGCCAAUCAACAACUUCACCAGAACCCUACUGGACCAACAGCAUCUAGUCUUUACCUAAACCUUCAUCCUGCAGUCUCUCUUUUAGGCAGAAACGCCAAUCUUCCCCUACAGCAUUUAGCUCAACCCCUGCUCUUGACCAUUCAGGAGCUUCAACAGGGUACUUCCCUGCUAACACUUAGACAAGUCAGCUUCACCCGUUUCCGUUAAAACAACCUAAACUUUAAAAAGACUGUGUGGACCAAUGGCAUUUGAUUUUUGUCUCCCGCUAGUCUUAGCAUUCUGGCAUAUUAGCAAUGUCUUGUUGUUAUGUAAAGUGGUCUGGUCUACUUCUUAGCCUGCAUUUCCAUUUCCAUGCACAUUUCCAUGGAGAUGUUACAUAGUGCAGCCAAAUAACCUUCUAUAAACAACUUACAGCACAAAAUUCAAAAGCUAAUAAGUAGUUGACUUAACCAUCCAUUCACACCGGGGUCCCUUUGGUCUGACUGUGGAGUCCAGAUGCACCAAUUUCAUCCCUGUUGGAGACAAGUGUGCCAGCAAGUACAUGUUUUUUGCUGUUUUGGUGUUGCCUUUUGUGCUCUAUGAAGUGCUCUAACAUAAUCAUGAUUAUGACUGCAGGGAGUGUGUCUUUCAAGACAUAAAUGCACUUAAGCGAAAUAUUUAUUGAUUAUAUUGGUCCCAGUGUGAAUGCAUGGUUAGUAUCACGCAACCACUGGCUGCAGUACAGGCAAACUGUAGUACUUUUCUGACUCUUCUACCACCCCAUUAUCCCAAAAAAAACCCUUCAGAAAUUCCAGUCCUAACUCCAUAUGUUUAUACCUGUAUUUAAGUGUGUCUCAGGCCCGUACCUGAACACCAUCUGGUUAUCAUCUCUGAUCUCUACAGGGAGAUUAAUAGCAGACUUAGCCAUCCCCAGUCUUUCUCUGUGUACAUGUACUGUGCUUUUGUCAGCCGUGCCAAAAAAAAAAAAAUGGCCUCCAGUUUUCACAGAAAGAAACAGAAAGAGAUGGGUGACAGUAAUAAAUAUACAUAUGAUGAAGAAGUGCAGUUACUGAACGCCCCCUCUAGAAUUAUGAUCUAAAAUAGGAGAAAUUAAGAGAAUGGAGGUGUGAGUUUGCAUCUCCGUGAAAGUCUCAGGUUAAAUUACAGAUGGUAAACUUGGUACUAGAUGUUGACAAUCUAUGAAAUGCUGUAAUUAAUGUAAGCAGUAGAAUAGGAGCUUUGUGAUUCUACUUGCAGAUCAUUAAGUGUUAAAACCUAAACUCUCCCUAAGCUCCGCAUGUGGAUGAAGUGAGGGCUGCAGCUGGGUCUGGUUUAAGUUUUAGACCGAGGACUUGCGACUCUGUAAUAUACUGUGCUCAAUCGUUUCUGCAUGAUUUUUUUAAAUAUAUUUGAUUUAAAUAUUGUAAUAUCUUGACACUUUCAGAUGUUUUCCCCCACCACGACGUUCUAAUUAAUUUCUCAUUGUUGCUCAUCAGAGUAGCAGUUUUUUUUUUUUAUGGUACAAGAUAAACAGCAAGCAAACAGAAAUUGUUCAGCAUGUUAUUCCUGUCAGUUCUUAAAUAGUGCCCACGGCUCUUGUUUACCUCAGUGCCAGAGAGCACCAGUUCUUUAUUUUGUAUUGUAGUUUUUGUGUUGGGUACUUUUAAUUUGGCAUUCAUUGCAUGAAUCCAUGUGGCAUUAUCUCUGUUUGCAUUCUGGCUUCAUGUAGUUUGUGUCAUAGUGCCAACCUGUGCCCUCUAGGUUGCCUAGUGGCCAAACACAUUGAGUUUCUGCAGUUCUACUGGUAUUAUAGCUCUGUAGUUACUGUUGUGUAGGUAAUUUUGGGUAAUUUGAAUAUGAAAUUUAGCACUCAAUUCAUUUAACAAUGCAUUCAGUUUAAAUUCAUCUAUUGAUAUAUAUUCAACUUUAAUUAACCAGUGUUAAUUGUGUUUGUUGCAUGAACUCCCAUUAAUAUUAGUUGCUGGUCAUGUGUCCAAACUGCCAAACAAGCAAUGAGAGCAUCCAAUGGGUUUUAUAGUAGAGAAAACUGUGCUAUGUUGUGCGCAGUUGUUUUGAAGUACCCUAAAUAAACCUAUAUUGUUGAUAUUUUUUUUGUUAGGACAUUUAGAAUAAAGGUCAGAAAUUAAUUUUAUUGUUUUUGCAUAGAAAUGUUAUUAGUUAGUCUUAAUUAAUAAUGAGCUAAGUUUGAGUUAGAGGCUCCUUGAGGGAGUUCAUGGUUGUGGUUGGAAGUUGUUUCUGUUCUAGCUGUGAGCCAAACCUUUUUUUUUUCUUUUUUUCUUUUUUUUUUUGACUGAUGAAUUUGUUUAGCAGAAUUUUUUUUUUUCCCCUCCGUCACUGUCUUUCACCACUUGGCCAAUCCUUUUACAGAAAGCAACACGUCUGUUAUUUACAUAGAUUCCGUCCACAUAUUGCUCAGAAUAUCCCUUUAAACAAGUAUUGAUGCUGUUGUAGUGUGAGUAUUUCUGUCUUUAGUUGAUGUAUACCACUAAUGGAGUUUAUCCAAGUUACAUGUUGGUUUAUGGGGUCUGCCCUGUCUUUAUCAUACGGGAUCUGUUAGUGAAGCAUAAUCCACAACAAGCUGUGCAGUUAUUAAAAAGAUAGAGAAAAAUCAGUCUUUUAUUUUUAUUGACUGGCUUGGGGGAAAAAACAAAAUCAAAAGAAGACUUGCUGGUAGAUAAUGGUGGAAGAUAAGCCUUUUGUCUUGGAAUUGCUUAGUAUCCUCCCUAAACCCAAAGAUAAAACAUUCUGUUAUGAAAGUGUCAGCCGAUCAGCUGUCAGUUUAAAUCAAGACUUCAAAGCCAAGACUUAGUACUUGUGUGUCCUUGUCCCACCUCUGCUUGUUGAGUUUUUUACUGCGUGCUUGUGUUUAAAUGUCGCUUAAGGCAGUAGCUAAUAGCUUGAGGGUUGGGAUCCCACAAAGGCUCCCAAGAAAAAAAAAAAGAAGACAAAACAUUGCUUUUUUCUGUUUAUUUUUUUCUGGUUUAUCUUGAAUAUUUGAUAGCCCGCCUUUGUCAAGGGUUUGUCUGGUUGUUAAGGGUUACAGGCCAAAAUGUUUGGAACCAUUGAAAGGUACAGUUGUGAUAUGCAGGGCAGCUUUCUGGGCAGGAAGUAGUCCAGUACUGGUGGAAAGCCAUUGUUGUUUAAAGCUCCGUGUAGACCCAGUGUAGCUCCACUAUCUCUCCACACUAACGGCGUUGUGACCUAGAGUUUAAAUUUAGCAAAAAAAAAAUAGAAGAACUGUGUGAGCAGAGCAGUUUAUUUUUGAACAUGUGGGACUGUUAUUUUCAUUUAUCGUUAACUCAUUUCCCCUCAAGUAUUGAUCACAUGUAAUUCACAGGUCAAACAGUAUUUCUGUACUGCCUGUACCUCCCUUACUGUACUUGCCUUUUGUCUCCAAAUUCAGCUUAUCUAAAUAAUUAAAUUUGAAAUUGUGUGUGUGUGUGAGAGGUUUCACAACCAUUAUCUCCAAACCUCAUUAAAAAAAAAAAAGCCAAAAAUAAGACAAAUGAAUCCGAAGCAGUUUCUUUAACUUAUAUAAAAAAAAAUUAACAUCUUAGAGAUACAUGUUUUCAUUAGACAGCAGCAAUAUGUAUGUUUGUGUGUGCAUGUUCGUGCCUUAUUUGUUUUCCCCAAGUGAUCAUGUGAUUAGCCAUCAAAGUGCCAGUGUGCCCUUUGUGCCAUAGAUUAAAACAAUGCGAGCUGCGUUCAACAAGUUUGGCGUUGCAUGUUAGACAGUGUCCAAAACGCCAUGUGGGCAGGAAGGCAGGAAAUGCCAUAACAACACAAAAAAGGGGACAACGGAGCUCCUGCCCAUCUCGGCUUGAACACUGCUCAGCUGUAAUAGAUGAUCACAGACUUGAGAAAUGUAAUCUUAUAAAUAUGAAAUCCAGGUUUACUGCAAAGGAAAAUCUCAAAGAUUUCUACACUAUCCAGUCAACCAAAUAAUUUAUAAUUAACAAAAUAUAUUCAAAUUAUUACCAUGCUAGUACAACUAGGAUCAACUGUUUCAGAUGUAAAAAAAAAAAAAAUAUGUUGCACAAACAAAUUUUUACACUAAUUUUAACCAAGCACAAUGUACCAAGCACUAAUAUCUUUCAUUUACAUAAUCAUGCUGUUUCUCCUCAACUCUCCUGAUCAAUUACAGGCCUCUCAAAUCUAUGGAUCUUUGUACUGUAUCUGUUGUCAUGGUGACAGUGAACAGUAUUUCUCUGUGGGAGAAAUGAUUCAGUUUCCAUGCCGAUACAUUGAUAUUGAAUGAUCUUAUUUUCUUAACUCGUUUUUCCUCCUUUACUUUUGAUAUGUUGUGGUCUUAUAUGUAUGAUAUAAUUGUGACAUACUGUAAUAUCAAUGUGUGCAAAACAAUAAACAAGUGGUGAAAAAUGUAGGUUUUCCUGGAUUACAAAGAAGUCUGGACAAAGUUUGGGGAAGUUUUGUUUAGAUGAGAUUGCACAUAGACAAGAUGUUGCAACCUACUGAAGCUGUGGUAAAAAGGGGACUUCCGCUGUUUGUUCAAAAGCUGAACUGACCAGGGUAUAAACUGAUCUGCAAAAACACUUGCCACCCAUGGAGCUUCACAAACACAAGGAAAGGAAACACAAGCAGUUAACAGAUAAGAUCACAAUUGAAAAUGAGAGCUGCAGCGUGUGUCAUCCUUCUCUUGCUGGCUAUAUAUCAAGGUGAGGCACUGAAGUGUAAUUUUUGUAACUCAGUGGGGAGUACCUUGUGCACCCCUACCAGUGUCCAGAUCUGUUCAAGAUCAGCAAAUGCCUGCGGUGCCGUCAUAUUGACAGGACCAUUCAACCGUUCUUUCCGCCAGUGCAUGAACAUGGCAGUGUGUCAAGGCUUCAUCUCAACACCUGGGGCAUUUGCCACCUGCUGCAGCACUGACCUCUGCAACUGAGCCUCUUCGCUUCGGCUCAGGACCGUCUGAUCUCGGAUCACAGAUUUCUACCGUACAAGCUGUUGGUUUCAUGUUACUGCAAACCAAAGUCUGCCUGAUUUCUUUAAAUGGAUGAAAAUGAUGGAUGCUAUUUGUACACAGUUAUAAUCACACUGAACCAUUUGCAUGAGAACAAAUUUAAACCGAGCAGGAUCAGUACUGCAUGGUGACACUAGACAGCAGUAGAGCACUGUGCAGAACAAUGUUUUUAAAGAGCCUUAUUGAAAUACAAAUAAAGAAACUGUGACAAUUUGA